AUCCCUAGUUUUCUUUCCCAAAAGCAUUUGUCUCUUUUGCUCUCUCUACUCCCAUUCGGAAAAUCGCCACCUCUCUCUGGCCAGCAACUGUCUAUCUCACUCUUUCACUGUCGCGAAUCAAGAACACCGACCACCAGCCUUAUUCAUAUUUUUCCAAUUUCAAUUCUUUCCCCCUGCCUAGCUUAUCUGGAUUCAACUGGGAAAAUAAAAAUCCAUUCAGAUUGAAAAGAGUUCAUGAUCUAUCAAAAUCUUUUCUGAAAGUUUACCGACCCUACCCUACAUAACACUAUGGGCUCAGAGAAUGAACCAUUAUCUUCCCAGCGGCAAGUAUCCUGCACUACCUGCUUCAAUGCUCUCUGGUUCUGCUAUUCUCCAAUGUAUCAGAUGCAGCAGUAUUAUAGGCUAGGAGUUCUUGAUAAUUGUUCUACUAAAUGGAGUGCUCUGGUAGAUUGUUUAAUCCUCAAGACCAAAAAGUCUUCCCAAAUUCAGGAAAUUUUAGACACUCAUGAGAAAGCCAAGCCUCACAUUUGGACAUUUCGGACGCCAGAAGAAGCAUCAUCUCACUGGAAAGAACUGUUUGGACAUUUAGAUGAAAUGGAAUGAGGGCACCCAUUACUAAUUUACAGCUUCUUUUAAGAUGUUGAUGACUCUGUUUUCUUUUGUUUUUGCUUUACCAAAAUAAGAGAGUACAGAACUAUACUGGUAAAGAUUGGAGGUUCAUCCCAUCUUUUUCCUUUUAAUGGGUACCACCUCUGGCACCGAUUGGAGCCAGUUACAAGUCA